CACGCCUCUUCCGGUGCCGGCCGGAAGUGCGCUAGGCCGCGGGGUUUCCGGCCUGCGCGGACGGCCGCCUUCCUUUCCAGCAGGAAGCCGCCCAAGAGGAGCACGUUUCCCCACCAGCUGCGCCAUGCCGCCCAAAGACGACAAGAAGAAGAAGGACGCGGGCAAGUCCGCCAAGAAGGACAAGGACCCCGUCAACAAGUCCGGCGGCAAAGCCAAGAAGAAGAAGUGGUCCAAGGGGAAGGUGCGGGACAAGCUGAACAACCUGGUCCUCUUCGACAAAGCCACCUACGACAAGCUCUGCAAGGAGGUGCCCAACUACAAGCUCAUCACGCCCGCCGUGGUCUCGGAGAGGCUGAAGAUUCGAGGGUCGCUGGCGCGGGCUGCGCUGCAGGAGCUCCUGGGCAAAGGUCUAAUUAAACUGGUCUCCAAGCACAGAGCACAGGUCAUCUACACCCGAAACACCAAGGGAGGUGAUGCACCAGCUGCAGGAGAGGAUGCUUGAGAAGUGGACCCCGGAUGACCAAUACAGUUCCACACGGGACUGACUGCAUUGCAUCAGAAAGAUCUAAUUUCUUCUUUGGUUUGCUUUGCAGAUUCUUAAAUGGCUUUCAGAGUUACUUGUAUACACAAAAAAAUAAAUUGAUUAAACUCCUUGAGGUUUUGUAAUGAUCUGAA